GGAGUUUUUUAUUUACGAGUUGUGGUAAGAACUCUGAGAGUGUGUUUCUGCAGCGUCUUGGAGCAGAAGAACAUUACUGAAGCAUUUGAAGAAAAUUGUGAUUAUACGAAUCGGUUUUGCUAGUUGAAAAAGAUGAAAAGCCAAAGUGGUUAUGUGCCGCCUCCUUAUAUUCCAUUGGGACAGUCAGAUUCAGAGGCUGAGAUUGUUCCACGCAAAGAAGAGCUUGCGGUUCCUCAUCACCCGGCUGAUGGACCAGUGCAGUGGUCGUCUGGGAUCUGUGCUUGUUGCGAUGAUAUGCAGAGCUGUUGUUUAGGUCUAUUCUGCCCUUGGUUUGUGUUUGGAAAGAAUGCAGAGUUCUUGGGUUCAGGAACUUUUGCUGGAUCAUGCAUGACCCAUUUUAUUUUGUGGGCUUUUGUCAGAACUAUAUGUUGUUUGUUGACUGAUGGCAUUUUGUUGGGGUUGCCUGGAUGCUUUGUUGCAUGUUAUGCUUGUGGCUACCGCAGGGCACUACGGGCAAAGUAUAAUCUGCAGGAAGCACCAUGUGGAGACUUUGUUACACAUUUCUUCUGCCAUUUGUGUGCCAUUUGUCAAGAAUACAGGGAGAUUCACGAAAGAUCUGGUGAUUCCAAUCCCCCCGAUCUCAAGUUAGCUGUAGUCACAGCUCCGCCGACACAGACAAUGGAGUCAACUUCUGAGCAAUAGUACAGCUGUGUUGAUGCCUAAACUGGGACCAGAACCUCUUCUGGAUUGUACGCAGUUUGUGAUGGCCUCUACCAGAUUA